AAACCCAUUUGACAAGCAGCAACUCUUGACUCUUGAGUCUAGUGAUCUCGAUCAUACUCUCGACUCUCGAGGUUUUAGGAAGAAGAAGAAGUAAAGUGUAGACUUGUCAAAGUAUGGUUAUUUUGAUUUUGCGAAGUUAUAUAGUUUUGUGGAUGCAAUUAACCAGAAUAUAAAUGUUGCUUUAGUUUUAUUAGAAUUUUUUGAAAUCAAACUUGCGAAUAAUUUGAACAAUCAUAUGUGAUAAGUAACACCAUGGGUGGCAAGCAUAAAGUGGCAAAUAGAACAAAAAACAAUGCAAGGCCAUCUAAUAGUGGAAGAAGUGCAGAACUUCUGGGUACAUCUAUACCACAGUUUGCGGGAUUCUCAGGAAUAAAAGAUACUCCUUUUGGCUUUUCCUGCAGUACUGAUGAGAUAGACACAUCCCUGGACCCAAAUACUCAAGUGAUAUUCAAGAAAAUUUCAAAAAAAGAUUCUACUACAAAGAUUAAGGGACUACAAGAAUUAGCAGCUCUGAUUAAAGAGUCAGAUCAUGAUACUGUGAAGACAUUAUUGCCAAUGUGGCCAAGAUUUUAUAGUGUUCUUGUCACAGAUACUGACAAUAGAGUCAGAGAAGCAACACAUAAUGUGCAUCACCAAAUAAUACUUAAAGUGAAAAGGAAUAUUGCUCCUUACUUAAAGCAAUUAAUGGCUCCUUGGUUUACUUCGCAAUAUGAUACUUACGCACCUGCUGCCAGUGCUGCUUCACAAUCUUUUACGGAUGCUUUUCCUCCAAAUAAAAUUCAAGAGGCAAUUGUUUUUUGCCAAGAAGAGAUUCUCAAUUAUCUAAGUGAUAAUUUACUAGUUCAAACUGCCCAGACAUUAAGCAAUCUUAAACAUGUAUCAGUAGAAGAAGCGGAAGCAAAAUACGAACGAGUAUUGAUAUCUUGUCUACAGGGUUAUUGCUUAUACCUGGAGAAAGUAUCUACUGAACAAAUAAGAAAUACAUCCGAGUUGAAUAACAUCAUUAUUUCUAACGCAAAAUUUUGGAAAUUCUCUAAAAGCAAAGUGGCUCAUGUAAGGGCUUCCUUUUUUAAUAUUAUAUCAGUAAUCUGUCAAAAGGCUACUUUUCUCUUUGAUGAUAAAGGAUCUCAAGUUGUCAACAGUGUCUUUGUUGGUCUUGAUGAAUAUGAUCCAACAGUUUUACCUAAAAUUUGGGAAGCCACACUUUUGACAAUGUCCAACAUAAAGGAUUGGUGGACGUAUAUAAAUAUAGAAAAAUUAUUUUUACCGAAAUUGUGGAAGAUUCUCAAACAAGGAGGUCAAGGAAAUGCCUCGAUUAUAUAUCCAAGUUUGUUGCCUUUGAUAUCUCAUCUACCUCAGACAAUUGAUGAUAAUGCACCCCAAUUUUACAAUUUAUUUUUUGAAAAUCUAUGGUUAGGGCUCAAUCAAAAAUCCACUGUAUCUAGUCGUUCAGAAUCAGUAGCGGUAGCCACAGCAUUCGUGGAGUGCCUUCAAUACGUGAUUUUAAAAAGGCAAUCGGAUCUCCCUUUUUGUAAAACUCUUAUAAAAGCACAUCUCGUUAAUUCGAUAGAAUGGUGUCUAAUUGAGGAUCAAGUAAACUAUAAAACCUUAUUUAAUCAAAUAUCGACGUUAGUACAGCAUUGGAGCCGAAACUUAGACUCCGAGUACUUAAAUGUUUGCCUAGAAUUCUUUUUAGAAAAUGUUAGAGAUGUUUUUAGAGAUACUUUGUUUAAUGUUAAGGAAUUGCCUGCACAUAGCGUAGAAAAAGUCGCCGAUAAGCAGUUGGAUCUGCUACAAUCGUUGAAAGUUACCCAUAAAUCAAAGAAACAAUUUAAGGUUAAAUUCAGCAGCGAGGAAACUGAUAAUCAAGAUUCCAAACAAAAACAUUCCAAAACAACUAGUGACGAUAAAAUGUACUACACUCAUUUGAACAAACUCGUCUACGACAUCUGCGAAGAUUACGUUAAGUACAUUUCUGAAAAGAAGUCGCGAAUCUUGGUUAAACACCUUUACUCACUAGUGAUUGAUUUUGACACGAAGAACUUCUUUUCGAACCUCAACGAAAAGAUGAAGCAAAAGGUACCUGACUCAAAACCGAUCGAUGUAUAUACCAAAAUUCUUCAUAUGUGGCUCGUUAGUCCAGAGUUGUGUUGCAAACAUGUUGUUAGUUUAAUUUUUUUGAUGUUUGAAUACCUUGAGAGUACGGAAAAACAGCAGAUUCUAAAUACAUUUUCGAAGAUAACAUCAGAAGAAUGCUUAAGUUGGUGCAUUUCAGAAGCUUUAUCUCAUCCCUACAAUAAAGAUGAAUUAGUAAAGAAGUGGUUACGAACAGAGAAAAUUAGUAAAUUCAUCGUGUCAAUCACUGACAAGAUUAUAGUUGAUGAAUGUCCACCAGAUUUAAGUACAUUGUUUAAGGUUGCGCUAACUGAGAAUCAAGAUUCAGAACUUUUUAUUUGUGAUUCUGCUGUUGCCGAAAUAAUAUCCAAGCUGGUAUCAGUAGUAGAAAACUAUUCGGACCACGUUGUUACUGCUGAUACCUGUACGAGCCUUGCAGCUUACAUUUGUGCCAUCAUCUACACCGACAAUCUAUUGUUAACAUACAGCGAUCAACUGCUACUGGCUCUCUUCAGGUUGUCUUGUAAUUCAAAUAUUGAUAACGAAAUUAUAUCGACAGAAACGAUAUAUGAACUAACCAGUGCUUGGCAAGACGCUGUUACUCUAUUGUGUAAAAAUAUGAGUAAAGAAGACAGCUUAACGUUAGUGUCUAAACUUGCUGUAGUGGUAGAAGAAGAGUUUUUGAAAAGUAAUCUAGACGAGGCAAAUGUAAAUUAUUUAAUCAAUGUAGUUGUUAACACUUUAAGAGCUGUUUAUAAAAGUUUACCUCUACAUUUAACUGUAUUCUUAAUGGUAUUCGUUGAAAGAAAAUUUAUAAAUUCAUCUAAAAGUUAUAUAGAAGACCUGUGCAAAGUAGCGAAAUACAUCAGUGGAGAAUUGAGUAAUCCUCGUGAAGAAAUUAAAUCUAGUUCAAGCGCAAUUGAUAAAAUUGAUAUUGCUAGAUAUUUCACUUGGAUCUAUUUUAAACUUGGGAUAGUGGCGUCUACUCUUAAAGAUAUUUUACCAGACGAAUAUGACGAUGAGGAUGAGGACGAAGAUAAGGAAGACACUUCUGGUGGCGAUAUUGAAAAACCUAGUAUUAUUUUAAAAGUUGUUGACCGUCCAGAAAAGUAUGUUGCACAAAUUCUACAUGAUUUAUGUGUAUGUCAAGUAUAUAUUGAAACGUUUAAAAAUACGCUCUACUUUGACUCCAUUGUGCAUUUCUACGUAUUAACAGAAAUGAAAAUGAAGACCACAUUAACCAAUACCGACAAGUCGUUUAGAUCAAAUCUUAAAAGGAUUAUAAAAGAAAAUAGUAGAAAUUACGGUUGGCAAUGGCCUGCAGUGGCUUAUCUAUUGUAUUCAGAGUUACUACCCGAAGAUCUAAAAGCCGUGUAUAAAGAAUUUGUACAGGAUACGUCAAAAACGGAUGUCUCUUAUGAGUUACAUUUGACUCAAACUUUUAGUCAGAAUAUUAAUUACGAUCUCGUUCAUAAUAAAGCAGAUGCGAUUGAUAAUAUUGUCUCGUUGCGUAGUUUAAUUCAGUGUGAAGACAUUGAUGUUCAAAUAGCUGAAGUUUUUACGCAAAUGGAAGCAAUUAGAAGUAAGAAUGUGCCGCACUUCCUGUAUAAUACUCGUGAUAUAAGUUGGCAAGACUGUCAAGAAAUUGUUGAAGUUAUUAGAUUGUGCGCAGCUAUGAUGGAACAUAAAUUUAACACAUUUAGCCAAAGACAUUGGGAUUUUGCUGUUUUGUCUCUAGUGUCAUGGGCAACAAAUUGUCUAAAAUUUAAGGAUUCAUAUGAUUCACUUCAGUACCAAGCAAUACUCUGUUCGGUGGUUAGUUUAUACGUCAAUACAGACAACAAGAUUAAAGAAUUAAAACAAAAGGAUGUAUCAAGCAGUUUUGUUGACGAAUGGCAAGAUGUUUUGGUGGAAAGUAUACAUUCUGAUUUAUUACAAACAUGGCUAUAUCUCGCUGAUAAACUUAAGGACAAGAAGGAUAUUAUGAAAUAUAUACCCCUGAUACAAGAAUUAUCGAAGCUCCUUGAUAACAUAAACUGUGAUACAAUAUUUAAACUAAGCGAAUCGGAAUUACCAAAGUGGACAAAAUUCUUAAAGCAAGGUUGUGUCUUGCUGGUAAACUCGCAGCCAAACUUGCAAUCUUGGGGAUAUAAAAUGUUGUUGGUUUUGGUACCAGGUUUGGUCAAAAUUGAUAAUGAAGCUGUUAUUACUAAUACUCCGCAUCAAAAUGGCCUGAUUUUCGAGCAGUUUAAGGAAAAAUUGGUGGAAACACACGAAAUUAUUAAUAGCAUGCUCAUGGGCUUCAAGUUGGGUGAAGAUAGUUGCAGAGUUGAACCGAUGACAGAUUCGUAUACUUAUACUCUGGCGUAUCUACUUCUUUGGGAUGUUCUUUUGACGCUGUGCGAUAGUGCUAGCACUGAACUUCGUUUCCAAUAUGCUGAUUGGCUCAGGAAUGAAAAUUUAUUGAACACUUUUUUAAACAAUCUGUUUAAAUUGAUGCCAACCGAAGUUCUACAUUAUGGUGAAGGGAAAUCGAAGUGCAUUAUGGACCAUUUUGUAAAGAAACCUCAAAUGUGCGCAAAAGAUGCUUGUGACAGCGAGAAGAUUGAACAACUAGUAUGCUGGCUUUAUUCAUCUGCUCUAGCACAACUACCGGCAUUAGUCCGACAAUGGUGGACAACUUUGGAUAGCAAAUUAGCGCAAGUGGUGGAGAAAGUAACUCAAAUAUACGUAUCUCCUCGUCUUAUUACACAAGAGUUGAACGAUGUAAUGACAUAUCAGAGCAAAUUUAAAAAUAUGGUGCUUAAAGUAUCGCACGUGGCAAGAGAAAUCACAGCAAUAUAUACUGUAGACGAGAUACAAGAAGAUUUAGUUAUAAGUUUACCUCAAAACUACCCUCUUGGUGGACUGACACUUCAAUGUAAAAAACAGAUUGCUGGAUCCAGUAUUAAACAAUGGCUGUUACAAUUUAAGAAAUGUGUAAUACAUCAGAAUGGAAAAAUAUGGAAUGGUCUCUCUUUGUGGAAUAACAAUUUAGAAAAGAAGUUUGAUGGCGUGGAGGAAUGCUAUAUCUGUUUUGCUGUUUUGCACCAAGGAACGUACCAACUACCAAAGUUAUCAUGCCAGACUUGCAAGAAGAAAUUCCAUUCUGCUUGCUUGUACAAGUGGUUCCGAACGAGCUACAAGAGUUCUUGUCCAAUUUGUAGAAAUUUAUUUUAAAACCAGAAUUUUAUGUUGACUGUUAAUAGAAAUUGUUAUUUCUAAAUAUGUUUAUUUUUCUUGGUUCUUAAAAUGGAUCUAAAAAUAAAGAAUAUAUUUUCAUGGAAUAUAA